UGCAAAACAGAACAACAGUUCACACUUUUGAUUAAUUUUGGCUACUAAAGGGAGAUAGAUUCUUUAAUUUCAUCCAUUGGGUCAUGAAAAAAUGGAAACUACAAACCAAACCCAUGUUGAUUUGGAGGAAGGAGGAGGCAUUAAUCACAACUCUGAGACCAAUAUUGUGGAUUUAACUGAAGAGGAGGAGAAGAGGAUUGAUUUGUAUGCAUCUUUAGAGGUGAUAGUGGAUUUGGAAGGUGGUUUAGUUGAUGUUGAUCAUGAGGAAUUAGAUGGAAAGGUAGAUUUUCUUGAAUUGGUGAAUUCUUCAAAUGGGAAAGGAAGGGGUUGUAGGAUUUGCCAUUUGAGCUUUGAUGAUGAUGAAGAAAGAUUAAAUUCUGAGUUGGGUUGUUCUUGUAAAGGUGAUUUGGCUCUUGCACACAACCAUUGUGCUCAAACUUGGUUCAACAUUAGAGGCAACAAGACAUGUGAGAUUUGCGGGUCAUUGGCAUGUAACGUCUUGGGUGGUUUGGGUGGUGGACGCGAGGCAGAGUUGGACGUGGGAAGUUCGACGGCAGUGGCAAUUGAGGUCUCGACAAUGAUGUUGCCACGUCAGCAAACCGACGAUAGGAGAAGCUUUUGGAAAGGUCAUCGGUUCCUUAACUUCUUGUUGGCAUGUAUGGUUUUUGCUUUUGUAAUAUCUUGGCUCUUCCACUUCAAUCUACCUUCUUGAUCAUUUCAAUUUCAUUUAUGAAAUCAAAACUCAACCAAAUUCUUGGUUCAAUAAUCAUAUUCCAUGUUUUUUCACAA